AUGACUACCCUGUUGGAAAAGGCAGUGUUCCACAUACUCUUCAGAGACAAGAAGAAGAAGAUCGCACACUUUCUUCGUACCACCACCCGGGAGUCACUUUUGUCCGAGCUGCACAUCAACCUCGUGCGAGAAGUAGUCACUUCGAUCCCGCCAGAGUCCAUCUUCGUCGCGUCUAGCAUCCAAGACCCGACCCACGAGCAUCCGCCUUACUGGUCGAGGAAGAGUUUCCAAGACCAUCUCGCCCGGACCCAUCCCGACACAAUCAUCCCCGACACGGCGAUCGACGUCCUGUGGUCCUGCUUCUGCUUCUACGCCUACCAUCCAUUCCCCAUCUCGGAGGCGGACGACCGCAAGGUGGAGCAGCCCGCCUUCGAGCGUGGGCUACUCCUACUGUCACGGCAAGGCACCCGGCUCCUCGGGACGAUACGCGAUGACUUCGGCCUUUGCUGGGGCCGGCUGGACGAGCCUUGCACCUGCGGGCUCAGGAUGAAUCGCAUCUUCCGAAGCAUCAGCCGGGUCGAUCGCCGCCAGUCACGCUCAGAUCCACCAACCGACGGCUUCGACACCUUCGUGGCCAACGACAUGACGGAUGCGAUCCUCGCAAUCUUCCCCUCCCACCCCAAACUGCAUCCGUCGCCGGAGCAGGUGCAGCCGCUGGCGGAAAGUCUGCUCGGGGGGCGAACGGGCCAAUGUGCGAUGAGGGCCGGGGACUUCACGGCGCUACUGUGCCUGGUCCUGAGGCUCAGAGUCCCGCAACUGACCCGCCCCGACCGAGAGUGUCAUCGCGGCUUCCUCGAGGAACCCAGUGCGGACCAGGAGGAGUUGGCGGGGGUCCUGGUCCGAUCGUUCAGGCACGACCAGAACGAGUCCCUGGCUCCCGAGAUGGUGCUCCAGGCUUUGGACAUUCUGGUAUGUUUUCCUUGCCACUCUGCGGAUCCCAGCGCUGAUGCCUGCGCGGACCAGCCCAAUCUCGAACAAUCGUUCCAUCGGCUGUGGGCCACUCUUUUCCCACUCAGCCUGUCCACGGAGCGACCGAAUCUGGAGACUGAAUCCUCCGCACCGGACACUAUGGACGCGAUCCUCCGGGCAGUCUCACUGUUCAUCCCGCCGUUCCAGACCCACCACCGUUCGGAACUGGCACGAAGAGUCCAGGCGAUCACCUUCCACCACUGCUACGAUAGGAACUUCCAGGGCUCGGCCGACAGCCUCGACCUGCGGCAUAUCCUCCAGCAAGCCACCACGCACGACCAUCCGACCGCUCGCGCGUAUCUCGUCCUGUUUCUGGGGGAUCACGCCCACAACUCGGACAAGGUCGUGGCGGGUGCAUUCUUCCGUGACCUUACACUAGCCACCCCUCCCACCGCAAAAGAAACCGACGACAAGCCGCCCCCCAAGAAAGACAAAUCGGCCGUCGUCGCCCGUCCCCAGCUUCUCUUCCAGCUUCAGCCACAGUUCAGCCUGUUCCGCUGGACCGGAGGACGCACCAGCAUGCCUCUCUCAUCCUCCCCGGAAGACAACAGUCCUCCCGGACAUCCCGCCCCCGGCCACUGCAUCGGGGAUCCCGAUCAAUCGAGGGUGGCACUCGAGAUUGACGCGGACACAAAACAGGCUACCUUCCUGCGCGGGACCGGCCACGCUGCAGGCACACCCUCAGGUGGGUAUGAAGAGCUGACCAGGAAGCAUGCCAGAACUGAGAGUGGUAGUGGAGAUCCGCACGAGCGUCAGACAACCUUCACCGUGGGCCGCGUCGCGGUCUUCCGUGUCGAGGGCGGGCCGACCUAUGCCUAUGAGAAUCCGUGGUGA